UGCUGGGGAGUGCCCUGUCACGUCCUCAGAGCCGCACUGUUUCGCUCGGAUCUCUUGUCGAACUCUCCUUUCGCACACAGACGACAGUACGAAGUUUAAUUUCCCAACCGUGAAAAAUUUUCAAAUGUCUUGCAGAUUGUCCCGGUCGCUGUUUGGGUCAUGCUGUUGUUUACCGCUACUUUCAUCCUCUGCACUCCUCUUCCAAGGCACUCUCUACCGUCGUCAAAAGAUCCACUACGGCUGCAUACCGCUCCCGCGCCCCCAGUCUGAUUCGACGGGGACUAUCGACAACAGAGCAAAGACUCGCUUUUGCAUGGAUACGAUCUCCCAGCUUGCAGCAACUACGGCUCGAAACAGCAAGUUCGCGCCGUAAUUGUCUCUCGCGCUGAUCAUGACUGGCUCAUACCCAUCCUUUACCCGUGCUUUGCAUAAA